AUGAAGCGAGGCGCGGCGUCGUCUGCGAAUCAAGCGCUCAAAUUAACCAUGGACAUGUUCCGCUCGAGAACGAAAACCGGGAAACGAGAGGCGAAAAAUCUCUUGUUUCCCUUAGCGCAAAAGCUGACGGGCGAAGGCAUCAUCGAAAAACCAAAAUGGUUACAGGCGAUGGAACGGGUUCACCCGGCGAACACGGCGAUUGGGAUGAACGAUUUCCUCGCCGAGAAGAAAGAGAAGAUCGUCUAUCCCGAGGAUAAGUUAAUCAGGGCGUAUUAUAAUCGAAGGCCGUUGGCAAAGUUGGAAGCGAUCGAUAUGCACGCAGGUGAGAGAAACGAAAAGGAAGAAACCUCUUCGUCGUCCUCUUCGAAAAAGAACAAAAAUACAGGCAGACAUUUCGUGAGACAGUUUGCAUUGAGACAGUUGGAAUACAUGAACCAAAAAGCGCAACCGUUAAUUAGGACGAAGCAAUAUCCAUCCGGACGAAAAUAUACGGAAGCAGAAGCUAGGGAACUGGUUGAGAAAGAAGCGGAAGAAGAACGGCGUUUACUGGCGAGGAACCGAGAAGGCGAUGAAAAUCCAUUCGUACCAACUUUGAUUAGUAAAAUUAAAGUCGAUCCAAACCUUUUAGAGGUCAUUAAUAAAGAAGAGGAGAGCUAUUGGAUGAAGAAUAAAGAGACGAAAGCGUCGAACGCGGCUUUAGGAUUAGAUGGUAAAUCCGGCAUCGUCGGUAGAUUUAGUCGAGGCGCCAUGCGAAAGAAACGAGAAGAAAGAGAUUCGCCGUCUUCCAACACUAGCAGCGCUUCAACAACAAGUACAACAACAACAACAACAUCAACAUCAAAAGUAGACGUUUAG